CGCUGCUAUUGGCUAAUGCUAGUCAGCGAGCGGGCUGUCUAUCCUGUGUGGAGUGUUGUGUAUAUCCGGGUAUGUAGAGAGGAGGCGGGCCGGGCGGCUGGAGAUGGUGUGAAUAAAGUGGUCUUUUCGCACAGUGGUCAUUUCCACGUUUUUGGGACAAAAAAACACCAUUUCCCAAUAUGACUUCUCCUGAAAAGAAACAAAGGAACAGCCCAAACAACUUGUCUUUUCAAGACUCUUCCCCAAGUCCCCGUGCUAGAAGAAAAUCAUUACGAAGAUCUGUUGGAAAGAAACGCCGGAGGACACUACCACCUAUUUAUCAUAAUGCUACAAGUCUCAGCGAUGCCAUCAGCUUGUCGUUACCAGAAAAUGAUCGCCUUAUGGAGCUCAUACAUGCUUGCUUCCAGUAUUCCGUACAUAAGCUAGAACACCCCUUGUCGCAUACUGAUGGAUUUAACUCCAAUUCUUUUAGUGCAACCGUAUCUGCUGUUAAGGAGAAAAUAUUGCGCUUCACAGAACGAUUAUCUCAUGAUGGAACCCUCAAAAGAUGCACUGAAGGCUCCAAAAGUUUAUCGAAUAAUGAAGAUGUGGAAACUCUUCAGGAAAAAGUUAGAAGUGACAUUGCUGUUAUGACCAGUGAGUGUCAGCAGUGGGAAGAGUUAUUGGAAGAUUACAAGAAGAAAGCAGAAGAAAUAUCCAGGCAGCUGGAGGAAAAUGAAAUAAUUAAAGGUCCGUUAGGAAGUGAUGCACCCAUGCCAUCUUCCCAAAAAGAAAUCCUCCAAAGCAAACCAGACUACAACGCAAUAUUGUGUCAGCAGGGGGCAGUGUUUGACAGCAUGGAAAUUGUGUUGGAUGAAGUUCAGCAGUCUGUCCAAUUAUUAGAUUCCUUCUCCAGUGAAACCUCUUCACACUUGCAGCAACUCUCAACACAACUUAAAACCAAAUCUUUUAAGCCGAUGGAAGAUUCUCCAGUCCGAAUGUUUCUGAAAGUUUCAAAAAAAUUGAAGAUUUAAGGACGGCAUGCAACGUUUUGAAUUUACUGUGUGUAGAACCAGCUUCUCCUUUGUGGGCUGUGCUGCACAUUUGAAAUGCAGUGAUUUCCCUAGUCUGGGCUGCCUUGCCAUAAAGAAGGCAAGAGCUGUAAGUGGUGGUAGUAUCAGAGCUCCUUGCUGUCAGCUGGCCAGUACUUUUUCUGAGACAGGAGAUUCCUGCCAAUUCAAGGUUCUUUUUAAAAUUGGAAAAUCUCAUUAAAAGUUGAUGCACUCUAGCUUCUGGAGAACAAGUGAGCCUUGCCUGUCUGUCAGAUUGGUUGUCACUUAAACUGCAUUUGAGAUUCACUGACUCAUACAAGCAGCACUCCCACAUUGUAAUCCAGUAGAUGACUUGCUGAUAGUGAAUACCGAGGAGCUUGGGAACAUCACCCAUUCACAUACAUUCUCUGACUUCAGAAAAGCAGUCAAUUACUGUGAACCCUACCAACUGGUGGGAUGGCCAUCUAGAAUUCUGUUCAUGCUCCCAUGAGCAUAGCCAGGAGUGUGCAUGAUUCAGACUCCAAAAGCCUUAGGCUACUUUCACACUGGGGGGCGUUAGCUGUAAAUCACUGUUAGUUUUACCGUAGUUUUAGCUGCGCUUUUCGGCCGCUAGCGGUGAUACUUUUAAAUCCCCACUAGCAGCCGAAAAAGGGUUAAAAGCGCCCGCAAAGUGUGACAGUGGCCUAGGUAGACCGAGCGUGAUUGUAAUAUAACCCAAAUGUUAUGUUCCACAUAAGAAAAUGGUAAUUAAACUUCAGAAUUUGUAUUAAGAGUUAUGUUGUAACAAAUGAAUGAAGCUGAAACAUUUCAAACAGUUUCAAUUCUUUUCAGUAUGUUUAUUCAUUGUUUUUUUAAAAGUAUGUACAGUAUGUAUGCAUAUGAAAUGGUGACCUUAGCCUGUAAGAUCCUUGUGGGUAGGGACUAAUACAAAUGUGCAGUACAUAUUAUCGGCGCCACAUGAAUGCCUGAAAUAAAGUUAUUUAAACUGUUUUAUAGGUAA